CCUGACCCCCGCCGCGCCCCGCAGCCCCCCGCCCAUGGCGGCCCCUCUGAAGAAGGGGCCCGGCGGGCUGAUCGGGCUGAUGAAGGACGCGUUCCAGCCGCAUCACCACCUGGGCCCGCACCAGCCCGGCGCCGUGGACAAGAAGAUGGUGGAGAAGUGCUGGAAACUCAUGGACAAGGUGGUGCGUUUAUGUCAGAAUCCAAAACUGGCACUGAAGAACAGCCCACCCUAUAUUCUAGAUCUGCUUCCUGAUACGUAUCAGCAUCUACGAACCAUCCUGUCACGCUAUGAGGGGAAGAUGGAGACCCUAGGAGAAAAUGAGUACUUCAGGGUCUUCAUGGAGAACCUGAUGAAGAAGACCAAACAGACCAUCAGCCUCUUUAAGGAAGGGAAGGAGAGGAUGUAUGAGGAGAACUCUCAGCCUCGGCGUAACCUGACAAAAUUGUCCCUGAUAUUCAGCCAUAUGCUGGCGGAACUGAAAGGCAUUUUCCCAAGUGGCCUAUUCCAAGGAGAUACGUUCCGGAUCACCAAGGCAGAUGCUGCAGAGUUCUGGAGAAAAGCUUUUGGGGAAAAGACUAUUGUUCCAUGGAAGACCUUCCGCCAGGCCUUGCAUGAGGUGCAUCCAAUCAGUUCAGGACUAGAGGCCAUGGCCCUGAAGUCGACUAUUGACUUGACAUGCAAUGACUACAUUUCAGUGUUUGAAUUUGAUAUCUUUACCCGACUCUUCCAGCCAUGGUCCUCUUUGCUCAGGAACUGGAAUAGCCUAGCAGUGACUCAUCCUGGUUACAUGGCAUUCCUAACUUACGAUGAGGUGAAAGCACGGCUUCAGAAAUUCAUCCACAAACCUGGCAGUUAUAUAUUCCGAUUGAGCUGUACGCGACUUGGUCAAUGGGCCAUUGGUUACGUCACUGCAGAUGGGAACAUCCUCCAGACUAUCCCCCACAACAAACCUCUUUUUCAAGCGCUGAUAGAUGGCUUCAGGGAAGGCUUUUAUUUAUUUCCUGAUGGUCGAAAUCAGAAUCCUGACCUGACGGGUUUAUGUGAGCCUACACCUCAGGACCACAUUAAAGUUACACAGGAACAAUAUGAAUUGUACUGCGAGAUGGGUUCCACAUUCCAGCUGUGUAAAAUUUGUGCUGAAAAUGACAAGGACGUGAAGAUUGAGCCAUGUGGACACCUGAUGUGCACCUCCUGUCUCACUGCAUGGCAGGAAUCGGAAGGUCAGGGCUGUCCUUUCUGCCGUUGUGAAAUCAAAGGCACAGAGCCCAUUGUAGUCGACCCAUUUGAUCCCAGAGGAGGAGGAGGAUUGUUGCGGCAAUGUGCAGAGGGAGCUCCCUCCCCAAACUAUGAUGAUGAUGAAGAUGACAGAGCGGAUGAUUCCCUCUUCAUGAUGAAAGAAUUGGCUGGUGCUAAGGUUGAGCGCCCUCCUUCUCCAUUCUCUGUGGCUCCACAAGCCUCACUUCCCCCAGUACCCCCACGACUAGAUCUUCUGCAGCAACGUGUAUCCAUCCCUUCUGGAGCUUCCAGCCCUGGGACCACUUCGAAGGCUGCUCCUGGUCCCCUCCAUAAAGAUAAACCUUUGCCGGUACCUCCAACACUCAGAGAUCUCCCACCACCACCCCCACCAGACAGGCCAUAUUCCAUUGGGGCAGAGAGUCGACCUCAGAGACGUCCUUUACCCUGUACACCAGGAGACUGUCCUUCCAGAGACAAAUUACCCCCUGUACCCUCCAGCCGUCAGGGGGAGCCUUGGCCAUUGCGGCCAGUUCCAAAAGCGCCAUCUGUAGCUCUCAGUCCUAGUGACCCUUGGGCAGGAAGAGAGUUGACGAACCGGCACUCACUCCCAUUCUCACUCCCAUCUCAAAUGGAUUCCAGACCUGAUGCUCCUAGGCAUGGGAGUACUCUCAGCUUAGACGCCACAGCGAACUUGAACAGUGGUCCCCCAACAGGCUCAGACUAUGAGCACCCCAAAAUAAAACCCUCUUCAUCUGCCAAUGCGAUCUACUCUCUAGCGAUCAGACCACUGCCUGUGCCAAAACUGCAACCCGGGGAACAGGCUGAAAGCGAUGAGGAUACUGAAUACAUGUCACCAUCCUCUCUGCCUCUGGUGCCACCUGGUCCUGCCCUACAAAAAACAGAGAUCAAACUGCCUUUGGAAAUGACUCAUGGUUUACGAGAGUUGGAGUGUGACCAGCCAAAUAAUAUCUGUAUGUAUGAAGCUAUGUACAACAUUCAGUCCCAGGCAACAUCUUCUGACUUGGAGACCACCAACACUUCUGAUGAGGGGGAUAUGGCUGCAGCCAAUGCCAGCAAUGGCCCAGAAGAGUCUGAGAAUGAAGAAGAUGGAUACGAUAUCCCCAAACCACCUUUACCAGUAGCCACAGCUCGUCGCACACUGUCUGAUAUCUCCAAUGCCACGUCUGCCUUCAGCCGAAUGUCUCUGGAUUAUGAUCCCGUUACAGGUUCUUCUGAUGGCUCUCAAGUUCCAGAACGGCCGCCGAAGCCUUUACCGCGGAGGAUAAACUCUGAACGGAAAGCCGGGAGUUGUCAGCAGGGUGGCGGUGGCACCAGCACAUCGCCCCAGCUUUCCAGUGAGAUUGAGAACCUUAUGAGCCAGGGAUACUCAUAUCAGGACAUUCAGAAAGCACUGGUCAUUGCACAUAACAAUAUUGAAAUGGCCAAGAAUAUUCUCCGGGAAUUUGUCUCCAUUUCCUCCCCUGCACACGUGGCCACAUAGCACAUCAGCUCCCUGCCUACAACUUCAGUGGACCAACUGCCUGGGCAGCCCAUGGCCCAGCUGCAACCGCAAGGAGGAAGGGGUUCCUUGAGAGACUUUGUGCUGAAUUCAGCCCUGCUUCUUAAGAGAAUCAGUUAUCAGGUUUCUGUGGUUCCAGAUUUCAAAGCAAUGGAAUGAAACCGAGCAGAUAGAUGUGUAUACGGCGUGUGUCUUGGCAUCGUUUUGGAGUCCUUCACCCCACCUCUUGUUUGGGAGUACAGAUUUGUUUCAAAGAGCAUUGGUAGAAAUAGGGAUCAUGACAAGUGAAUCCAGAGCUGAUGCUCUGGGGGUGGGGGAGUGUUUUAUGCUGUGAAUUCUAACUGAAUGCUCUGAAAAUGUUGCCAGGUUGAUGUCGUGUGUCCUGUGGUUCAUGGUACUGGACUGGGACCUGUUCACUGCUGUGUGUUUGGCUCAGGCUUUUUAGAGCAGUCUGCAGCUGGCCCUCUGCUGGGAAUACAUAGGAGAUCUAGGAAGAAGUGAUUAGAUAGCUUCCGUUCACUGUGGCAUUGCUCCUGUCCCCAUGAUUAUUGCUCACAAUUGAAGUCCUCCCCUUUACCCGGGAUGCAAGUGUGACUGGCAGCAGUCAGGUAUUUUCAACUCCUUAGUGCUGGGAGAUGGAUUUCUCUCCCCAUGCAUUGCAUUGCCGGCACUGGAUUCCAGGGAGUUGGAUAGGUUGAACUUUGGGGGGGAGGGGGGCCUUUUGGGGGAGGGUAGGCAUGGAGAACUGGCUGCUGCUUAUCCUUUUAGCCCAGAGCAUUCUGUGCUUCAGUGCUUCAACUUGCUUACAGCUGUGCUGGACUUCAGCAGCUACCACUGGAUACUGCCAUGCACUCUUUCUACAGGAAUGUUGCAUCUGGUAAAUAUGAUGAUUUAUUUAUCUAAAUUGCAUUGCGGCUAUAGCACACUAAUGGCCUUCACACACAUUCCAUCCUCUCCUUUAGAGAGCGCUUGUGGGAGCCACUCACUUGUGUGCCAGGUUUUGUGGAGUAGGUAGGUGCAACCAAUGUAUCUCAUCGGUAUCAUGUCUAAUUUGUAGCAAAAAUGCAACAAAAUUCUUGGAGGUUGUCUGCCACAAUAAUAGAGGGCUUGCUUUCCCUUUCUUACAGCAGGGAAUUGUCAGAGCUUGUGUCACAGGAAAUCAGAGGAAAUUGUGUAGUUACGGAACAGUAAAACUGGACUUUAAAAGUUGUUGUUGAACUAUUAUUUUUGAAAAACCUGACUUGCUAGUAACCCGCUUAGUCAGACCCUUUCAAUUUGUGUGUCGUUGGAGUUCACGGAGUGACUGAUUCUGUCAGAGAGGAAUUAAAUCAAAUAGAGAUACAGCGACCAUAGUUGGACACAUGGACAAAAUGUGCAUGUAUUCAGUGCACAUUAACUUUUCAGAUUGUGCCCGCAAUUAUUUGGCUCGCUGUUGAAUGUCAGUAGUAUGAAUGAACAGCAGUCGUGACUAAACGAAUAUUUAUGGCUUGAAAUAUCUUUAGGGGAUGCAAGACUGUUUGAUGUAGUUCAUUCCUUUUACAGAAUCUGCUAAUCAGAUCAGCACCUUGAAAUUGACAGAGGGAAUUUAACAAGCGUAAUAGCAAAUGUUACAGAAGGGAACAAAGUACUAGAUUCUCAUUUUAUGUGGAACAUAAUGAUUCUCUCUGAAUCUACAGCCUUAUCGUUGUAAGUGCAGUGGGAUCUAGGUGACAUAAAU